UCUCACACACACAUACACACAUACACACACUCACUCACCAGCAUUAGACUGCAACCUGCCCGUUAUUUAGAGUCGCAGCGCGCGGGGCAGGACGGAGGGACUGUGACCGGCUUUGGGGAAACACCAGAAACUUUCAUGGGUCACUUUUUCUUUCCAUCCGCGCCACGCUGGAAAGUGAUCCAUUACGGAGAGCAAACACAUCCGCUGGAGUAAAAUGGCUUCUUUCAGCGGACUUGUUAUUCUUUUACGGGGGGACUUCGCAUCAAUCGUGUGCUUUUAAGCUCUGAUCGGACUUGCCCUGCCGGAGGUUUCAGAAUAACUUGUUUUACAUGGUGCCACUCGAAGCGGGACAUCGUGCCGAGGAGAGUGCGAUGAGAUCAGGGGCAAAAUAGUUAGCAUUGGGGAAUAUUUCCCAUGGCUUGAUACGUGUUUAUUUGCGUUUGGCUUGAAAAAAGUUUCGGUUACACGAUUUAAUAACUGGAUCUCAUCGGAGGCGCUCAACCCAAAGUGACAUAAGAAUAGGUGAGGAGAGGAGGGGAGACCGCGCGGGACGCACCAUGACAUGCUGCCGUGUCGCCUUCGCCGGACUGUGGUGGAGCGCCUACUGCACCUUCCUGGUGGCGGGAAGCAACUACCUGUUCGACGGGAACAACGAGGUGCACCCUAGCUUCAUCCACCGGCGGCUCCGGACGCACGAGAAGAGGGAGAUGCAGAAGGAGAUCCUGUCCAUCCUGGGACUGCCGCACCGGCCCAGACCGCACGUGUCCCACGGGAAGUACAACUCGGCGCCGCUCUUCAUGCUGGACCUGUACAAGAGCAUCUUGAGCGAGGAGAAGAACGAGGUGGAUGGCGUCAUGCUGGAGCAGUACCAGUCCAUGCUGACGACCCAGGGCCCGUCGCUGGCCACGUAUCAGGAGAACGCCUUCCUCAACGACGCCGACAUGGUGAUGAGCUUCGUCAACUUGGUGGAGCACGACCGGGAGCUUCCGGGCCAGCGGCGGCACCAUAAGGAGUUCCGGUUCAACCUGACCCAGAUCCCGGACGGGGAGACCGUCACCGCCGCAGAGUUCCGCCUCUACAAGGAGUGUGUGAGCCGCGCGUCGCGCAACGACACCUUCCUCCUGAAGGUGUACCAGGUGGUGAAGGAGCACCCCGACAGAGAGGCAGACCUGUUCCUGCUGGAGUCUCGCCGGCUCUGGGCUGCUGAGGAGGGCUGGCUGGAGUUUGAGAUCACAGCCACCAGUAACCUGUGGGUGAUGAGCCCGGGACACAACCUGGGCCUGCAGAUCAGCGUGGAGACCAGCAGCGGGCGCAUGAUGGGCUCCAAGGAGGCGGGGCUUGUGGGUCGGGGCGAGGCGGUGGAGAAGCAGCCCUUCAUGGUGGCCUUCUUCAAGGUGAGCGAGCUGCACGUGCGCAGCCCGCGCUCCACGGGGGGAAAGCGGCGACAGCAGAACCGCAACCGCUCCAAUCAGCCCCAGGAGGGCUCCCGGGGCCCCAGCCCAGCAGACUACAACAGCAGCGACCAGAAGACGGCCUGCAGAAGACAUGAGCUCUACGUGAGCUUCAAGGAGCUGGGCUGGCAGGACUGGAUCAUUGCACCAGAAGGGUAUGCUGCCAACUACUGUGAUGGAGAGUGUUCCUUCCCACUCAAUGCCCACAUGAACGCCACCAACCACGCCAUCGUGCAAACACUGGUUCACCUGAUGAACCCGGAGAACGUCCCAAAGCCGUGCUGUGCUCCCACCAAGCUACACGCCAUCUCCGUGCUCUACUUCGACGACAACUCCAACGUCAUCCUCAAGAAGUACAAGAACAUGGUGGUCCGGGCGUGUGGCUGCCACUGACCCCCCGACCCUGACCCUGACCCCUUACAAAGCCUGGCAACCCCUCUGCCAAUUCUUCGCAGGCUGCACCUCUCGCAACAUCCCGAUCGGGAGACAAGUGACGUACAGGAGUUACUGUUCUACUCCAAAGUCCAUACCCCGCGUCUUGAAUCGCAAGUCUUUAUCGAUAUCAACUGAUUGGACAUGGAUAAAGAAAGGAAAAGAUGUGUGAUGCUAUAAUAAUAAUAAUAAUAAUAUAAUAAUAAUGUCCCACCAUUGAGUCAUGUCGUCAAAUGACUCCAAUGAGCACAUUGUUUCCUGGUUCUGUAAGAGGGUGACUUGAUGGAUCCGGCUUGCGUUCCUGUUUGUAAUCUGUUUAAAUGUGUGUAUGUGUGUGUGUUAGUGUGUGUAUGUAUGUGUGUGUGUGUGUGUGUUUGAGUGUGUAUGCGUUUGCACCCACUGUGCCUGAUAAGCUGACUAGCCCCUUUAGAGCGGGGGUCAAUGGGGAAGCUAUUAGGGGAACAGUCCACAGUGCUGCUUCUCUUGGGGGGGUUCGGCUCUCAGCAGUCCCCUUGCGUAAUGGAUGAACAAUGUCCGGUAUAAGGUGUAUGAUUCUGUGGCGCAAUUCCACAACGCAGAAAGGCCAAAGUAGAGUUACUUAUAUGAACAGGCUAAAUGAAUGAAAGGAUGGAGAAGAUAAAGUUGACCGUACGUGACAGAUGACACACGUUUAUUAAUAAAAGGGGUCAACGAUGCUGGGCUUCAAAUUGUACAUCGCUACAUUUUGUUAUUCAGAAUCGUAAAAGAAUACAGUUCAUGCAACAUCUGUAUUGCCCUGCCGCGUCCCACAGCUCCUGGCCUUGUUUUCUCUUCUCUAAGCCAUGUUUGCCUUCCUCAAAAUAUAAUAUGGACUCAACCAAAGUGACCGCAAGGCUAUUUUAGUUGUGGACUCCUCCAAAUAUCUGCCGGCCGUCAAUAUUUGCAGGGCCCGCGCCAAGCCCCAUCGCCCUGGCCCGGUUCUGGCCCGACCGGGAGCAUGUUGUGGCUCGACUCGUGUUUAUCCUCCAGAGGUCCGGAGGCUACGGCCUGACCCCACAACCCCCCCCCCACCCCACACACACACACACACACACACACACACACACACACACACACACACGGACAUGCACACGCACGGACAUGCAGAAACACACGCACACGGACAUGCAGAAACACACAAGCGAACACGGACACGCAGACACACACGGACACGCACACACCCAAACACAUACAUACACACGCACACAAACACACACACACACACAUGCACAAACACACACACAAACACACACAUGACACACACACCCGAAGGAUCAUUUCCUUGACACCACAGUUUCAAUGUUUAAACGAUUCCCCCCCGCCAGACAACCCGUCAAGCGUAGGUCGGUGGAAAAACAUUAACUUGCUCCCCCCCCCGAAAGAAGCGCUGUUGAUACGUCUCUUUUGGUGCCAGUUUCUGCAACUAGUCUUUUUUUUACUUCCUUCCUAUUUUUUCUCCCGACGUGGAUGGUCAAUUUUUGUUUGUUGUGAGAUUGUCAGGUUAUUUUCAUUUUAUUUUUUUACCAAAUGAACAUUGAACUGUGAGCUUGUCAGAGUAUACAAUCUUUGACCAAUAUGGAUUUUAAAUGGCAGGCGUGCUUUUAAGAAUAACUAAUAUAACAAAUCAAAAUACCUUUGUGCCUAACCAACCAAUCAGAAAAUGACAAAAUAUAUACCUCUGGUAAGCUGCUGUUUACAUUUGUGAUCAUGUUAAGACUGUUAUGUGUAAAUACUUGUACAUUCUUAGCUUAUUUAUUGCACCGCUUAUUAAAAAACGACAUACCAUGUUAGACAGAACAAUAAUGGAGAAAUAUUUUUGGAAAAAUACAUUUUAUUACGAAAUCUCAUGUUACAACUUGCCAUAUUCUUUUUUUUUUUUUUUUACAAGAAUCAAUAGGAAGUGUAUGUCCUGUAACUUGCAAGAAACAACAAUACUGCUUUCUGUCACUGGAGUUGUCUAGAAGCGUGUGCUAUACAUAAAAUCUUUAACUGAGGAAAAAAAACUAAAACCUUUUGCCUUGUUUGUGUACCUUGGUUGGAGUUCUGAAAGCAGAUCUCAGAUCAGACAUAGAUGAAAGCAUAUAUGUCCUGGUCAGAGACUGGCCUAAUGAGAGGGUGGAGUUGGCUUUUUGGACUACAGCAUACAUACCUAAAUAAAUGCUACAGAAGGGACACAAGGACCAAGUGGUUAUUUCACCAUUGGGAGUCAGUUAAAAGCGAUGUCUUAUGUUGAACAAGUGAAAUAUAUUACCCUGGUGCCAGCUGGUGGCAUUUGUGUUAUUUAUUUUUUUAAAUUAUAAUUAUCAUGUAAUUUAUAUCCCAAUAUCUAUCCAUCUGUUUAAAUAAAAACCAAAAUAGUUAUA